AUUUUUCUUUUGAAUUCCUCUCUGCUUCUUCUUCUUCUUCUUCUUCGCUUCUAUCUUCCCACUCCCAUUAGGGUUCCUUCGGAUUUUCCCUCUCCAAGUAUUCCUCUACUUGGAUUCCAUCAACUGUCCGGAUCGUUCAAACUUCCGGCGAAAUGGCCGACGAGUCCUCAGUCAGAGCAGACCUGUGGUGAAAUUCGCGCCAAUUUUCGUGCCCUCUGGUACGUUUUCUUCGCCUUACUCUCGAUUUUUGUUGUUAUUACCUGUGUUUGUGCUUUCCGUUUUUCUUAUCUAUAGCUGCUUUUGCUUCGUGUAAAACUCACUACCAAUUCGUAGUAGAUAUUGUCAUAUUCGAUUAUCAAAUCUGUUGGUUUAGGGGAUUUACAAUUCUUUAGGUUUCUAACUCAAACUAAUUACGACUUCGAUUUGAUAUGACUGGAUUUGGUGGGCUAAAAUACUCUCCUGGGCUGGAAAUCAUUUGUGUUCUUGCUGGAAAUCUAGUUUUUCAUGAUCAAAGAAAACAUGAGGAAAUUGAUUUUCAUUUCAUCUGGUUGAAGGCUUUCAUAAAUUGCAUUCCUCCUGUUUUUGUUUUCAAUGGCAUCUCAAGGUUUACAGAAUCCUAGCAAAAGUAUGUAUAUAUGCAUAUUCUACAGCCCUUGUACUGAAUUAGACAAUACUGUUAAAUGAAAUGAUGUUUCAGCUCGACUCAAGAGAUUCAAGUGACAUUUCGCUCUACUAGAGACAUAAGUGUUCGACAAUUGUUCGGACUUGGCAAAGGUUGUCACUGCUAAUUCAUUUACUCUCCUGUAAAUACUUAAGAUCUUAGGAUCUUAGCAAAGACUGAUGGCUAUACCGAUGAAAGAAAGAUAGUGGUUCACCGCCCCACAUGUGGAGCCCAGAUUACUAAAGUAUAUCCAGAUCAACGAGUGGUUAAACAAUUAGUUUAAAUCCUCAAGAGUUUUAAGUGAAUUUGUCAAAAUGUCAUCACUUCUUGCCCUUCAGCUCAGUGCAUCCCCGAUCAACUCCCCGAAAGUUCACACAUCACCUAUCCAUGGCCUUAAGUCAUGCUCAUCCAUGUCUGAGCUCAAGCAAUAUCACUCCCAGAUUAUCCGUCUUGGUCUUUCUACUGACAAUGAUGCCAUGGGUCGUCUUGUCAAAUUCUGUGCUGUAUGCAAGAAUGGAGACCUUGAUUAUGCACUUCUUUUGUUCAAGACAAUCCCCAACCCAGAUGCAUACAUCUACAAUACCUUAAUAAGAGGCUACUUACAACUCCAAUUCCCUAGAGCUUGCUUACUGUUGUAUUUGGAAAUGCUGCAUAAGUGUGUCCUUCCCAAUAAAUUUACAUUUCCUUCUCUAAUUCGUGCUUGCUGCAUCGAUAAUGCUAUUGAGGAAGGGAAGCAAAUUCAUGCACAUGUUCUUAAAUUUGGCUUCAGAGCAGAUAGAUUUUCUCAGAACAAUUUAAUUCAUAUGUAUGCUAAUUUUCAAUCCUUGGAAGAAGCCAGAAGGGUCUUCGAUGGUAUUGAGCUACCCGAUGUUGUGUCAUGGACCACUUUGCUUACUGGGUAUGCUCAGUGUGGAUUUCUAGAUGAAGCCUUACAAGUUUUCGAGUCAAUGCCCGAGCACAGCUCUGCUUCCUGGAACGCCAUGAUUUCUUCUUUUGUCCAAAACAAUCGAUUUCAUGAAGCAUUUGCUUUGUUUAAUCGGAUGAGGUCGGAGAAGAUUGUGUUGGACAAAUACAUGGCUGCUAGCAUGUUAUCAGCUUGCACAGGAUUGGGAGCGCUUGAACAAGGAAUAUGGAUACACAGAUACAUCAAGAAAAGUGAGAUUAAAUUAGACUCGAAACUAGCAACAACGCUCAUCGACAUGUAUUGUAAAUGCGGUUGCCUGGAUCGUGCUUUUGAAGUGUUCACUCAGUUGCCUGAAAAGGGCAUUUCUUCAUGGAAUUGCAUGAUUGGAGGGAUGGCUAUGCACGGGAAAGGAGAGGCAGCCAUUGAGCUUUUCAAAGACAUGGAGACCAAAAUGGUGACACCAGACAACAUAACUUUCCUUAAUGUUCUCAAUGCUUGUGCUCACUCCGGGUUAGUUGAAAAGGGACGCUACUAUUUCAAUCAUUUCUCUCAAGUUUAUGAUAUUAAACCCAGAACCGAGCAUUAUGGAUGCAUGGUUGAUUUAUAUGGACGAUCCGGGAUGCUAGACGAAGCGAUGAAGCUCAUACGUGAGAUGCCAAUGAGUCCGGACGCCGGAGUGUUAGGUGCCUUCGUUGGAGCAUGUAAAAUCCAUGGGAACAUAGAUAUGGGGGAGGAAAUAGGCAAGAGAGUAAUAGAACUAGAUCCAAGCAAUAGCGGGCGCUACGUUCUACUCGGAAAUCUGUACGCCGAGGCCGGUAGAUGGGACAGUGUAGCAGAAGUAAGAAAACUAAUGAAUGAUAGAGAAGUGAAGAAGGCUGCUGGGUUUUCGAUGAUUGAAUUGGAGGGUGUGGUGCAUGAAUUCAUUGCAGGAGGAAGGGGUCACCCAGAAGCCAAGGAAAUAUAUGGCAAAGUGAAUGAGAUGAUAGAAUGUAUAAGAUGUGUAGGAUAUGUAACCGAGGAGGAGGAGGAGGAGGAGGUGGAGAAGGAUAACCCUGUUUACUACCAUAGUGAGAAACUGGCAGUUGCUUUUGGGUUGCUCAAGACUCAAGCAGGGGAAACGCUUCGAAUCACUAAGAAUCUGCGUGUCUGUAAGGAUUGUCACCAAGCUCUUAAGCUUGUUUCUAAGGUGUUUGAACGAAAAUUCAUUGUUAGAGAUAGAAAUCGUUUCCAUCAUUUUGCUGAUGGAGAGUGUUCUUGUAAUGAUUAUUGGUAAACCUAAUUUCAAGUUCCCUCUCCUAA